UGCAAACUUUGCUUCUGCUUCACAUUGUGCUUUCCUUUCCCACCAUGAAGACCUCCGGGAUAUCUCUUGGCUUCUUCAAUGCUUCAGUCCUCUGUCUCUUCUGGCUCACAAAGCAUGCAGUGGACUCAGUCCAGCUGUCGGCUCCAGAGGUGGUGACGGGAGCAUACGGAGGAUCUGUGACAGUCCGUUGUCAGUACGACCAAAAGUUCAGACAAUACACAAAGUACUGGUGCAGAGGGCCCAUUUAUGAGCUGUGUGACAUAGUGGUGAAAACACCCAGGAGGCAACUCAGUGAAAGAAGCUCUAUCGCAGAUGAUAAGAAGAAAGGAGUCUUCACUGUGACGAUGACUUCUCUCAGAGAAGGGGAUGAGGAUAUGUACUGGUGUGUGAUCGCCAGAUCUGGAAGGAACGUCUACAGUGGUGUCAGGCUCAGCGUGUCCCACACAGUGAUAACAACAACCACCGCAGCCAAUCCAUCACCGAUACUGGAACAAGAUGAAAUAAGUUGGUGGGCGACUCUACGUUGGAUCCUCUUUAUUUUGAUGUUGUGUUGUUUGGUAUCCACACACAUCGCCGUUUGGAGGAUAAAGGCUGCGAGGAAAAUACAGCCGCAACAGUAAUUUCAACAUCAAAACUCAAACAUCUUUUGUAUGAUUGAAAGUCAAACGGCAGCAUCAUUUUUAAACCAUGUAUGAAUUAUAAACUCAUUUACACCGAGGCUACAAAACUAUUCUUCCAGUGGACGUUCUAUCAAUGUGUGAAUUAAACUAAGAAAUAAACCAACUGAAAAAUUG